AGAGUCUUAUAUUUCUUUCUUGAACCUCUCAAACUCAAAACAUAAACAAAAAAAAAUUAAAAAAAAAAUAGAGAGCAAGAGAGAGAGAAGGAGAAAGGGGGAAUUGGUGGGUGGAGGCUUCUUUGGAGUGAGUUGAGUUGAUCAUCAGGGAGAGGCUUCCAUGUUCGCCACAGCCAUGCCAGAAUCCAAUGAUUCCGUUUCACUUCACAUCCAGGACGAGGAGAAGAUCUACCUCGGUGGAAAGGAACAUCAUAUUCGAACUGGCUGUGGUUCUGUGUCUGUCAUAGUCUAUGGUGAUCAUGACAAACCAGCUCUGAUCACUUAUCCAGAUUUGGCCCUAAAUUAUAUGUCAUGUUUCCAAGGAUUAUUUUUCUGUCCAGAGGCAGCUUCUUUACUGCUUCACAACUUUUGCAUAUACCAUAUCAGUCCCCCUGGACAUGAGUUGGGAGCAGCUGCAAUUUGUGCCGAAGAUCCUGUUCCUUCUGCUGAAGACUUAGCAGAUCAAAUAAUUGAAGUCCUCAACUAUUUUGGGCUUGGUGCAGUGAUGUGUAUGGGAGUGACAGCUGGUGCUUAUAUCCUAACUCUUUUUGCUAUGAAAUAUAGAGAGCGUGUUCUAGGUUUAAUACUUGUAUCUCCCUUAUGCAAAGCACCUUCUUGGUCUGAAUGGUUUUAUAACAAGGUGAUGUCAAAUUUGUUAUAUUUCUACGGUAUGUGUGGCUUGUUGAAGGAGUGUUUGCUUCAGCGAUACUUCAGCAAGGAAGUUCGCGGUAAUGUUGAAGUUCCAGAAUCAGAGAUAGUUCAAGCUUGCAGAAAAUUGCUGGAUGAGAGAAAGAAAACAAAUGUCUUGCGGUUUCUUAAUGCAAUUAAUCAGAGGCCUGACAUAUCAGAAGGGUUGAAAAGAUUAAAAUGUCGUACACUUAUUUUUGUUGGGGAUAGUUCUCCUUUCCAUUCGGAGGCUCUAUACAUGACUUCAAAACUUGAUAGGAGAUAUAGUGCCUUGGUUGAGGUGCAAGCUUGUGGGUCAAUGGUUACAGAGGAACAGCCACAUGCAAUGCUGAUACCAAUGGAGUACUUUUUCAUGGGUUAUGGGUUGUAUAGACCAACCCAGUUGAGUGACAGCCCAAGGAGCCCACUAAGCCCAUCUUGCAUCUCUCCGGAGCUACUUUCUCCAGAAAGCAUGGGAUUGAAGCUAAAGCCUAUAAAGACCCGUGUUUCCUUGCAAGUUUGAAAAUAAAUAAACCUUUGUCUUUUGUAAUUUGGAAGCAGUUUUUUUCUUGAGAUUUUUUUAUUGUUUUAAGUGGGGAGGGAUAGACAAGAGGUUGUAAGAAGGGUUGUAGAUAGAAGAAAAGAGACAUGGAGAGAAUACAUGAAAUAUAGGGAGGACUUGUCUUGAUUCAUUUGUAGGUCUGUCUUCAAUAAAGGAAUAAUUGAGUUGUAUCUGUAAAUCCCACGUGGACUCAAUUUAUUUAUCAUUUGUUAAGACAUGUUUCUCAUUA